AAACAGCGGCAGAGCAGCCCUGAUUAAACAGCAGCCGAGCAGUCGCUACGCUAGAGCCAAGGCUGGGCUUUGUGAAUCACUUCAGCUGCACUAAGCUCAUGUUUUGGAGUUACUGCCUGUCAUGGGUUUAUGUUGCGGUCGGGAGGCCGGUGAUGGGAUGCCGGUGGGUUUGCAGGCCGCUCGAAAUUCUCUGGUUUCGAUGAAGCGUGCCGCUUGUUUGUCCUGCUGAGGUCGGCCAUGUUGGCGGUUGACGGUUGUUAAGUGGGCAGUGUUCGCUCGGGGCUGCCGCCUGCAUGGGACUGGCCUUUUCACAGAGCGCUUCGGUUAUGAGGAGCUUUUCAGGCCGUCAUUCCGAUCUUCAUUUUGCAUAAAAAGUUUCGAGCAGUGAAAGAACGCAGCGCGCCCAGUGCUUAACUCGAGGGAGCGGGAUGUUUUCCAAAAAAACUCACAGCGAUGUGAAGAAAUCGACGCAGAAAGUCUUGGAUCCGAAGAAAGAUGUCCUGACGAGAUUGAAGCAUCUGAGGGUUGUCAUAGAAAACUCUGAGCUAAAUGAUUUGAAGCCAUUCUUUGAUCAAACAUAUUCACACAUAUAUUAUGUUUUUUUUGAAAAUUUUGUGACAAUCGAAGCCAGCCUAAAGCAAAAAGGUCACAAAUCACAGAGGGAAGAAUUGGAUUCUAUUCUUUUUAUUUUUGAGAAAAUUUUGCAACAUCUUCCAGAAAGAAUUCAGACCAGAUGGCAGUUCCACAGUAUAGGCUUGAUUUUAAAGAAACUCCUUCAUGUUGGGAACUCCCUGAAGAUUCGAAGGGAAGGUGUACGCCUCUUUUUGUUGUGGAUGCAAGCACUCCAACACAAUUGCACUGAAGAACAGCUACUGAUUUAUGCCUGUCUUAUUCCUGGCUUUCCAGCUCUGCAAUCUGAGCAUGGGCCUCGAACGCUAGACAAUCUCAUUAACUCUCCACUUCAUCUUCAAGAAACACAAGUCACACCAGAAGAAAUCACUCCUCUUGUACCCCCACAAUCAGGAGAUAAAGGACAAGAUGAUCUCACAAGCUACUUUCUCGACGCUCUGCUAAAAUAUAUGGUAAUCCAGGCAAAGGGAUUAGAAUGGAAAGACAAAGGAAAUCAGGAGAAAGGGUUUGCAUUCUUAUUUGCAAAUUUCAUGAAGUACUAUCUGCCUCACAUUUUUCCAAAUUUUUCAAGAGAGACCAGUUUAUUUAAUCCAAUUCUUGAUGUUCCACAAUUACGAUCCAAGCCAUAUUAUGUGAUAACAAAGAAAGACCCAGAAACUAAUGAAGUAACAUAUUGUACAAAAGAUGCAUUUUUGUCAGCUCGUGUUUCUGUCAUCCGAUGGUUGGUCUCUUUCUGGUUUGAACCAAAAGCUAAUCCAGGCCUUCAGAUUCCUGGAAUUGAAGGUGAAAAUGUACCAAAGAACAUUCAGAGAGCAGCUGCUGGUUUGGUUGCUCGGGAGGAGGGCUCUUGUCGUGCAGACUCUGGAGAUGGCAGCACAGAAUUGGAACAGUCCCAUUCAAACACCAGUACCUUAACUGAGCGUGAACCCAGUUCAUCUAGUCUAUGUAGUGUUGAUGAAGAGCAUCUAACAGAUAUGGAAAUAGUGCGGAAAGUUUUUUAUUCCUCGCGGGAGAAUGUGAAUUUUAUUAUCGAAGUUUUUCGACAGGCUUUUCUGCUGCCUAUCUGUGAAGCUGCAGCCAUGAGAAGAGUUGUUAAAGUUUAUCAGGAAUGGAUUCAGCAAGAGGAAAAGCCUGUAUUUAUGAAAGAGGCUGAAGACUUGAGUUAUUCCCCUUCAACAAGUGUCAUAAACUUAGUUAAUUCUGAAGAACAUAGAAGCUCUUACCCACCGGAAAAAAAGGAGCAGGAAGAGGAUAAAAUAACCAAAGUACCUGUACUAGGCCAUGUUAGGAAUCCCAGCUGGACAAGGAAUUCAUCCUACCUGAAUGCAAUUAAUAAAACACUUGAAUUGGAAGAAGAAAAGAGAAAUGUGUAUGCAGGAGUUCAAGCAUCAUUGCAGGUUUUUAUAACCAACUCUGCAAAUAUUUUGCUACUAGAACCUGCCAAUGAAAUUGGGGCCCUUUUGGAUGAACAUGUAGAUAUGUGUAAACGUGUUCUCAACAUUUACAGAUACAUGGUUGUCCAUACCAUAAUGAACAAAAAAACCUGGGAGCAACUGUUGUUAAUUUUGUUGAGGAUUACAGAAUGUGUUAUGAAGCGACCACAACAAACUCUGCCACUGUCUCAAGGAAGAAAAAAUUCUCUGUUAGCGGGACGACUUGCUACACCACUCUUUCGGACUCUUAUAGUAGCCUGGAUCAAAGCAAACUUGGAUGUGUACGUUUCCCGGGAGCUAUGGGAUGAAUUAUUGAUUGUUUUGUCAUCACUCACUUGCUGGGAAGAACUAAUCACUGAAUGGGCAAUGACAAUGGAAACCUUGACCAAAGUGUUAGCCCGGAACUUGUACAACCUAGACUUGCACGAUCUUCCUUUAGAUAAACUGAGUGAACAAAAACAGAAAAAACACAAGGGAAAAGGUGGUAAUCAUGGAUGUCAGAGGACUGCUGUUGAUAAAUCAUUUUCAAGAGGUUGGAGCCGUGAUCAACCUGGACAAGGUCAAAUGAGGCAACGAAGUGCGACCACUGCUGGAUCCCCAGGAACAGAAAAGGCAAGAAGCAUAGUACGACAAAAAUCUAUUGCCAUCGGAAGCCGAUCCAUUGAUGAUUGUGUUUGUCCAUCGGCCUCUAUGCGCAAUGCUAAAAGUGCACCUGUACUGCUCCAUUCUUCCAAUCCUUACCUGCUUGACUUAGUCCUCACCCCCUUUUUUGAUGAUCUUCCAGAUCUUGAUGAUGUCCAAAUUUUGGCACGCCCUACUCGAAUAAGACAUUAUUCUCAGAGUGAAGAAAAUCCCUCUGAAGUAUUCAGCACUGCACGUGAAGAGCAGGCAAUACCACGAAGCAGCAGCACAUCAGACAUAAUGGAACCAUUCAUAGCUGAAAGAGCUAAAGUCAACAAGGAGGACCCUAAUCAAAAACCUCGGCCUUUCAGCACUGAUAUUGGAAAUAGUAGCAAUCCCAACAUUAGUGAUCUAAUGGAUGAGUUUAUAGCAGAAAGGUUAAGAAGUGGUAAUGCAGUGAAUAUUUUGAGAAGGGGAAGCAGUCCUGGUAGUUUGGAAGUGCCAAAGGACCUUCCUGAUUUGUUGAACAGACAGAAUCAAACACGGCCUGUAGAUGACCCUGGCGUCCCAUCUGAGUGGACUUCCCCAGCCAGUGCUGGAAGCAGCGAUCUUGUCAGUUCUGACAGCCAUUCAGAUUCUUUCAAUGCUUUUCAAUAUGACGGGCAAAAAUUUGAGAGCUUUAGCUUUGGCAGUGAAACCAUUUCUGCUUUGUACACUGAAGCAGAUGCAGGACUACAGCGACAAAGUGCUGAAGAACAAGAAUUGGCAAGUUUAACUGCCUUGCACAUUAAUUCUGAAACUAGCAGUCUCAAUCUACAGACAGCUUCUGCUGACACAGUUACAAUCACAGGCUCUGAGAGUGCUUCUCCAACCCAUUCAAAUGCCUGCUCAAGAUCCCAGACACCUUCUCCGACCACUUUGAAUGCUGAUCCUUUAGAUCAAAAAGAUUUGCCACUGGAUGAAAAAUUGCAUCAUUCAGUUUUGCAGACUCCUGACGACUUGGAAAAUAGCGAGUUUCCAAAUGAAGAUUGCAGUGUGAUGGCAGGGGGUAGUCUCAAAGGAUGGCAUGAAGAUGUUGCCACAGUUAUGUGGAGACGAAUGCUUGGCAUUUUGGGUGAUGUAAACUGUAUUAAGGAUCCUGAAAUUCAUGCACAAGUCUUUGAUUAUUUGUGUGAACUCUGGCAAAAUUUGGCAAAGGUGAGAGAUAAUCUUGGAAUUACAAUAGACAAUCAGACCUCCCCGCCGCCUUCAGUUUUGAUACCACCUCUCAGAAUUCUAACUCCAUGGCUUUUCAAGGCAACAACAUUACCAGAAAAAUACAAACAAGGAAAGCUCCAUGCAUAUAAGCUCAUCUGCAAAAUUAUGAAACGCCGUCAAGAUGUUUCACCCAAUUCUGAUUUCUUGGUUCACUUCUAUAAUAUUAUGCACAGUGGACUCUUAAAUCCUGAUCAGGAUAUUGUGAAUACCAUCAUCAAGCAUUGUUCGCCAAGGUUUUUUUCUAUUGGUUUGCCCGGUGCUACCAUGCUAAUUUGGGACUUUAUAGUUGCUGCCAGCAAAGUGACCUUCUCUUCUUCGCUUAAUGCACCAAGAGUUGAAGCUCAAAUUCUUCUGGGUUCCUUGGUCUGUUUCCAAAAUUUAUAUGAUGACCUCCCUACUUUGCAACCUUGUCACACUGAUAUUUUAUCCACAAAAUGUAAUGAUGUUAAGGAACUUGUAAUUAAGAGUAUUUUAAAGUCUGCAAGGGAAGAACCUUCUGGGCCAGCUCGAUGUGUUGCACUUUGCAGCCUUGGUAUUUGGCUUUGUGAAGAGUUGGUACAUGGUACUCAACAUCCUCAGAUCAAAGAUGCUUUAAAUGUAAUUUGUGUAACGUUAAAGUUCCCAAACAAAGCUGUUGCACAAGUGGCUUGUGAUAUUUUGCAUCUAUUAAUCAAUUAUGUGGACAAGCUUCAGAAUUACUCAUCAGAUUCUCCAAAAAAAAUUCUUGAGAUUUUGAUGGCAACAAUCACCCACCUUCUGCCGAGUACAGAAGUAUCCCCACAUGAACAAGAUAAAAGGCUGGUAGUAUCCUUAUUACUGUGCCUUUUGGACUGGUGUAUGGUGCUGCCUUUAAAAACAUUGCUGCAAGUUGUCCAAGCUGCGGGGCAAGAUAAAGACAAUUCAGACAAAUCUAUUCUCAGUUGCAUUUACAAGGUGCUGCAUAGCUGUGUGUAUGGAGCUCAUUACUUAAAUAAUCCUCGAUACUUCCCUCUGAACUUGUCAGAUCUGGCCUCUGUUGAAUAUGAUCCAUUUUUACAUUUGGAAAGCUUGAAGGAACCAGAACCUUUGCAUUCUCCCGACUCUGAACGCUCAUCAAAACUCCAAACUGUCACAGAGGUGAGGAGUCGCAUUCAGCAAGGUUUGAUUUCAGUUGCUGCCCGAACUGUGAUAAUACAUUUGGUAAAUCAUGUUGGCCAUUAUCCGUUGAGUGGAGGUCCAGCAAUGCUGACCAGUUUGAUAAGUGAAAACCAUGACAAUCCCUUCACUGACUGUACUGAACUUUCCCCUGAACUUUUUGAGAAUCCAAAUCUUCAGUUUUUUGUGCUGAACAGUACUACUCUUAUCUCAUACUUGGAAAUCCCCAUUGAGGGCAAUAUCCCAGGAGGAGGAAUGUCAGCUGGACUUUCAACAGCUACCUCUAAUGUUAGAGUUGUGAUGCGUGAUAUUUCUGGUAAGUACUCCUGGGAUUCUGCAAUUUUAUAUGGACCGCCUCAUUGCUGUCAACAAAGGCAAACUCACAAGUUGACAAAUGUUUAUAACGAGGAACAAAUGUCUGAACCUGUCUUUAGUGAAACAGAAAUUACUGAUGUUGAUUUAAAAGACUACCUCGUACCUCGAACAAAAAGAAGGUGCAGAGAAAUUGUGCCGUCUUGGGAUGCAAUUCAUGAUGAUGAAGAUGCCUUGGAUGAGAUGUUGCAGUAUCUGGGUUCCACUAGUCCAGAAUGCCUCCAGAGAGCUGGUGUGCAACUCAAUAUCCCUGCUCCCCCUCCAGUUUGUAUUUCAGAAAAACAGGAAAAUGAUGUAAUCAAUGCAAUUCUAAAACAGUACACUGAAGAGGAGGAAUUUGUGGAGAGACACGGCAAUGACCUGAGUAUGAAAGCUACAGAACAGGAGGAACCAUGCCCACAGGAACCUCAGUCUGUCUUUUACUACUGCAGAAUGCUGUUAAAUAUUCUUGGCAUGAAUUCCUGGGACAAAAGAACCAGUUUCCAUCUUCUGAAGAAAAAUGAAAAGCUUUUGCGAGAACUGAAAAAUCUAGACUCUAGGCAAUGUCGAGAAACACACAAAAUAGCAGUGUUUUAUGUUGCUGAAGGACAGGAAGAUAAGCACUCCAUUCUAACAAACACUGGAGGGAGCCAAUCCUACGAAGAUUUUGUGGCAGGUCUUGGUUGGGAGGUUAACCUUACCAAUCAUUGUGGUUUCAUGGGUGGACUACAAAAAAAUAAGAGCACUGGGCUGUCAACUCCAUAUUUUGCUACCUCGACUGUAGAAGUAAUGUUUCACGUAUCUACAAGAAUGCCUUCUGAUUCAGAUGAUUCUUUAACAAAAAAGUUGAGACACCUAGGGAAUGAUGAAGUACAUAUAAUUUGGUCAGAACAUACAAGAGACUACAGAAGAGGAAUCAUUCCAACAGAGUUUGGUGAUGUCCUUAUUGUUAUAUAUCCAAUGAAAAACUAUAUGUUCAGUAUCCAUGUAAUGAAGAAACCUGAGGUUCCAUUUUUUGGCCCACUUUUUGAUGGAGCAAUUGUGGAUGGAAAAGUCUUACCAUGUCUAGUACGAGCUACAGCAAUCAAUGCAAGUCGAGCACUAAAAUCGCUAAUUCCACUGUAUCAGAAUUUCUAUGAGGAGAGGGCUCGAUACCUGGAAACAAUUGUACAACACCACCAGGAACCAACCACUUUUGAGGAUUUUGCUGCACAGGUUUUUUGUCCGGCUCCCUGUCAUCAUUCACCAUCUGACUCAGAAAACAUUGGGCUCAUCAAGGUAAAGGGCAAAGGCUUGAAACGGAAGGUCAUUCACGCUAGCUAUGAAUGGCUCAUGCCCAGAGAAUCAGCAGGUCGAAAGUCCUGCAGCACAGGGGGUGGACGAGAUCGACUUAGCCUCUCCAAUGUCACCUCGUGCUAGCAAGAGUCGUAUGUCCAUGAAAUUGCGCCGUUCUUCUGGUUCAGCUAAUAAAUCCUAAUGACCACUUCAUCACAAAUAAUUACACUCUUCAAAUUAGCCUUGUAAAUGUUUUUUUUUCUCUCCUGUUAUGUUGCUGCUUAAACCAAAUGUUUUGCCACUUGCUAAUUAUUAGAUGUGUAUUUGCCACUCCAUAUUCAUUUGAAACCUGUUCUUUGUAAACAUUUUUUUUAAUUAAGAACACUGGAGUUCUAUUUUUAGCUUACCAAAAUAUAUAUUUUAGCAAUCUAUGCUUUUUUUGUACAGCUCCCCUGCACCCACUUGAUCACUUACCUGUAUAUUUAUUGUCAUGUUGUAUUCGGCUAGUUAAACUGAAUAGCCCAUUAGUUAUUGGGUAUUGUCAUUUGGAAAUUAUGAUAUAUUUGCUUACUUGUAUAUUAUCUAAUUUGUACAUAGUUUUGAUUUUACAGUAGAAACAUUUCAGAUUUCUUGUGCACAAUUCAAGAAUGUAAAGUAAGUUUUCAGUUUGUACGUAAAUGUAAAGUUAUGUUUAAGAAUAUAUUCACCAAAUCACUCUUGUGGCACAGAACAUGUACAGAAUAUUUUCAUUUUAAAUUAUAAGAUAUGAAUUUUCCCAAUGAAUGUAAAUGGCCGCUCAGCAUUUCAACUAUAAAGAUAAGCUUAUAAGGAAAAUUAACCUCUUAUGCUGAAAUGUAUAGACUUGCUUUUUAUUUGAAGCACUGACAUAUCAUAUGUGCACGCACACACACACACGUGUGUGCGUGCAUGCGCACAGACACAUUUGUGUAUAUAUAUAUACACGCGUGUGUGUGUGUGUGUAUAUAUAUAUAUAUAGACAUACAUACACACUUAAUACACUGAAAAUGCAGCUGAGUUACACUAUUUACUUUGUGCAUGGCUUCCAACCAGGAAACUAUAGAAAGUGAAACCAGAUGAGUUCCAAAGUGAAAGCUAUUAUUCAAACAUUGAAAAUUCUGUAAGUAUUUAGAUGUGCUGGGACUUGCACUCUAUUUUCAUUUUUCUGUGAUGUUCACUGAAGAGAAAAGGGAUCGUCAAGAGUGUCUGUAUAAUCAAUUGGACUAGAAUUGAGUCAACGCUAAAUUGCUGAGGUGCACUUUAAUGCACAUUCCAGCUGUUUUGAUGUAUAUUCCGAAGAGGAACCAUUAUUCAAAUUUUGUAGGUAAAUUGGAAUGUUACUACUAACAGUAUGUAGCAUGAUAUCAGUACUAACUGCAUGUGUAAAUAGGUCAUAAGGUAAAAUAUAUAUAUUAUGUAAUGUCAUCCAUGUAGUUGUCUAUAAGAUUUGUAAUGGCUGAAGAAAGAUGUGCUGUUGAAUAUUGCAAUAAAAAAUAUUCUUACCACA